ACGUGUUAAUUAAACGUCUGUGUUGUUUACUACUUUUUUGGUUAUUGGCCGGCGACGAUAUUUCCGUCGUAAAUUAAAAAUUCCUGCCUUGAUAUUUUAUUAAACAUGAGUUUGGAAAUUGAAUCCAUGGUGCGGUACGCGUCACCAAUAAACCCAGCGGUGUUCCCACAUCUUACGAUGUUGUUACUCGGGAUAGGGAUAUUCUUCACCGCAUGGUUCUUUGUUUAUGAAGUCACAAGCACGAAGAUUUCGAGGGAUCUAUUCAAGGAACUUCUGUUGUCACUAGUUGCUGCUUUGUUCUCCGGUUUUGGUAUUUUGUUCUUGUUGCUAUGGGUGGGUAUUUAUGUGUGAUAGUACCUCUCUUGUUUAAUGAAAGUAUCAUUCCUUGUUAAAAAUGUCGAAUUAAUUUUGUAUAUUUUAAGUAUAAUAAUUAAAUUUAUUUAAACGA